ACUCCUAUUGUGAGGCCCGUGGACCCCACUUCUCUCUCUCUCUCUCGCUCUCUCCCCCCCCCCCCCCACCCAAUGCUCGGAUGCUCCGGUGAGUGCUCCCACAAACUUCUCUCUAAAAUCGCUUUUUCUGAUUUGUCUCUCUCUCCGUGUGCUUUGUUUUCAGCAAAUCUCUCUCUCUCUCUCUCUCUCUCUCUCCCUCUACUCCCUACUUUCCACUUCAAUGGUGGAUUUGUAAAAGCAGCUUUGCCCCGUUGAAUUUUCAGAAACUUUCCUAGGAUUUAAAGUAAGAGCUUCUCUCUGAUUCAGGAAAACAGUCCCUUUCUCAGGCUUUUAAAGGACGCGCCCUCGGAUUGCGACUAGGGUGGUGCUGACUUUUCAUUGCUGAAAUAUUGGGACAGGCUUGUAUGCCGUAGAAUAUGGGAUUUAACUCCAUUACUAAAGGUUCUUGCUGCGAGUCUUGUGGUUUUGAUGACACCAGUACUGUCAUUGUUUGACAUGGUAGUAGUUGGUUUAAAAGGUUGUCCAACACCUUGUGUUAAGUUGCUUCGAUGUUAAAGCCACUUUUGUUGGUUUAUUAUUGUGUUUGACAUAAGGUGGCAGGAGCCUAAGAUUUAAGAAGAAUAGUUUCAGAUUGAUGGUUUUUUAAGAGAUUGUGGAUAAUAUCUAGGGGGCAGUACUUGUUGUUGUGGAAUAGAAAUGGAGAGAAAUGGAGGUGAGGACUGGAGGGAGAUGGUAAGAAAAAUGCUCCCUCCAGGCGCUCCCCUACCAGAUGACGAGUCUGAACUUGACUACUCUAUAGCAAUCGAGUACAACGGCCCACCAGUUUCCUACGAUCUUCCUAGAGUUGAACCCCUUGAUGUAAAUUCAGCUGCGAUUCCCACUGCUUCAAUAGCAGAACCACCCUCGGAAUCGCAAAGAUCGGUGAGUCGUGAUGCGGCUCCCAUGGUUGAACCAAUCCCUUUUCCAAUCUCUCGCCUUGUCAGCAGUCCAAGGGUGUUUUCAAGUUCAGAGUCUGUGGUGUCAGUAUUGCAGAACCCAGAUUCUUCUUCUGCUUCCCUUUCACCGUCUCCGCGUUCUGUUCACAAUCCUCCGACAAAUGCUUCUAAACAGUUAGUUAAUGAUUUGAAGAGGGCCCCUGUUGUCACCUUCAAUACCGGCGAUAGAUCAGAAAGAAAAGACAAUGCAGAGAAGAAGAUUUUUCCUGAAAAUGUUGGGGUUUCUAAGGAGAAGAAGAAGAAAACGAGAAGAAGAGUUUGUUAUAGGUGUGGAAAAGGGAAGUGGGAAACAAAGGAGUCGUGCCUGGUUUGUGAUGCCAAGUAUUGCAGCAAUUGUGUGCUUAGGGCUAUGGGUUCUAUGCCCGAAGGGCGUAAAUGUGUUACUUGCAUUGGUGACCCGAUUGAUGAAUCGAAGCGGUCCAAACUUGGUAAACAUUCAAGGGUAUUAGCGCGAUUGCUCAGUCCUUUAGAAGUCAAGCAAAUAAUGAUUGCGGAGAAAGAGUGUUCUGCCAAUCAGCUUCGUCCAGAACAGCUGAUUGUAAAUGGGUUCCCUUUGAAGGAGGAAGAGAUGGCCGAAUUACUUGGGUGCCCUUUACCACCAAGGAAAUUGAAGCCCGGCAGAUAUUGGUAUGACAAGGAAUCUGGUCUAUGGGGGAAGGAUGGAGAAAAACCCGAUCGAAUUAUAAGUUCGAACUUAAAUUUUACUGGAAAACUUAGUCCUCAUGCAAGCAAUGGCAACACUGAAGUUUAUAUCAAUGGCAGGGAAAUAACAAAACUUGAACUGCGAGUCCUAAAGCUGGCAAAUGUGCAAUGCCCACGUGACACUCAUUUUUGGGUGUAUGAUGAUGGUCGUUAUGAGGAAGAAGGUCAGAAUAAUAUCAAGGGAAACAUUUGGGAGAAGGUUUCGAUACGGCUUUUUUGCAGCUUGUUCUCUUUGCCUGUGCCCCAUGGUCAGCCUCAUGGACAAAAGGAUGAACCUAGCCAUUAUACAACUGUUCCAAAUUAUAUGGAACAGAGAAAAGUACACAGAAUUCUACUACUUGGGCUCCAGGGCUCUGGAACUAGCACUAUUUUCAAGCAGGCGAAAUUUUUGUAUGGGAACAAGUUUACAUCAGAAGAAUUGCAGGAUAUUAAGCUUAUGAUACAAAGCAAUAUAUACAAAUAUCUCAGCAUACUGCUUGAUGGCCGUGAGCGCUUUGAAGAUGAGGCCAUGUCAAAGCUGAAAGCACUAGGUUUUCAUGACCAAAUUACUGAAGAAGUUGGACAGGUUGAUUCCAAGAAGAAUAGUGAGCAUAUCUAUUCCAUCAACCCUAGAUUGAAGCAUUUCUCUGACUGGCUCCUAGACAUUAUAGCCACUGGUGAUUUGGAUGCAUUUUUCCCCGCAGCAACACGCGAGUAUGCUCCAUUAGUUGAAGAGGUGUGGAGGGAUCCUGCUAUACAGGAAACAUACAGGAGAAAAGAGGAGCUUCAUUUCCUUCCGGAUGUUGCGGAGUACUUCUUAAGCCGGGCUGUUGAGGUGUCAAGUAAUGAGUAUGAGCCUUCCGAGCGAGACAUAAUAUAUGCAGAAGGGGUCACACAAGGGAGUGGUUUGGCUUUCAUGGAGUUCUCCCUUGAUGAUCGUAGCCCAAUGUCUGAAACCUACACCGACAAUCUGGAAGCUCCACCUCCGUCUCUAACCAGAUACCAACUUAUUAGAGUAAACGCCAAAGGAAUGAAUGAGGGGUGCAAAUGGGUGGAAAUGUUUGAAGACGUUCGUGUAGUAGUCUUUUGCGUCGCAUUAAACGAGUACGAUCAGUUCUCGCUUGCCCAAGAAAACACCGGCAGUGGGACCCUCCUCCAAAACAAGAUGAUGCAAAGCAAGGAGCUAUUUGAAGCAAUGGUGGGCCACCCCUGCUUCAAGAACACCCCUUUUCUAUUGAUCCUAAACAAGUACGAUCUUUUUGAGGAGAAGGUCAAUCGUGUGCCCCUAAGCACCUGCGAGUGGUUCACGGACUUCACCCCGGUGCAACCACUUUACAGUCAUCAGUCUCUGGCUCACCAGGCGUAUUACUUUGUGGCUGUGAAGUUUAAAGACCUUUAUGCUUCUCUCACUGGUCAAAAGCUUUUUGUGUGGCAAGCUAGGGCAAGGGACCGGGUGACUGUUGAUGAGGCGUUCAAGUAUACGAGGGAGGUUCUAAAGUGGGAUGAAGAGAAGGAAGAGAAUUACUAUGGAAUGCCAGAGGAUUCAUUAUACAGUACUACCGAAAUGAGCUCCUCACCAUUGGUCCGGCAAGAAUGAAGUAAUGUAUUUUUGUGCGUAGAUAGAGAAGGAAAAGGGAAGGUCAAAUUCCAACAACUGUAACUUCAUAAACUUUUUUCACUUGCAAUUUGAGGUCUCGGAGGUGCUGUUUUCAUGUUAUAGAGUAAUUUGCGCCGAUCUGAGUAUUGUCUCGACCCAAGUGUAUAAUAAACAUCUGUUUUAGUGAAUAGAUGCAGAGGAAUGGUACUAUCACUAA